AUGAUUGAUCAUGUCGUCAAUGGCAAGGUUCUCACAGCUUCGGCUUCCUUGCUUGCCAGACUCACAGGCAAGGAGGCAUCGGUUGCGCAAGGCACUUUAGUUGCUGCCGGUGCCGCCACAGCUGAGACCAACGGCAUCAUGUUGGGUUCCAUGCUUUCUGAUUUUUGCAAGAUCGCAGUCCAGCAGGGAUUGAAACCUCUUCUAGCUGUGACAAAAGUUAGAUAUGAUGAAACUCCUGCCAAAGUUCGGAUAUGCAGAGCAUCGUUCAAUGAUCAGGCUUCAGACGGUGUCAGGGAAGGCAGUGUCAGUGGCGACAUGUCACAGUGCGUGAUUGUGCCACACGCAUGUGCGAAGGGUCCAGCACUACAGAAGUUCUUGCUGGGCAAUGGUGCCUCGUUAUCGUCGCAUGUUGCACAUGUCGCGACUCAUGCGAAAGUCCUCCAAACACAAGUUGCAAUGAGCUUCGUGUUCGCUGAGAAAGAUGGGGACUGCCAUUCGUUGACAUUUGAUCUUCCGUGCCCACUCCAGGUCAUUGAGAGAACCACUGGCGAAUGUCAGCGCAUGUGUAUCUGGGAGUCACUCACCCAGAUUCCAGAGUACAAGCGGCUGGUCGGCGGCUUCCAGCAUCAGGUGCGGUCCGUUUGCACGGACCGUGCUGGUGCAAACUUUCGGACAGAACGUGGUCUGCAAGAGUGGCUGCCGAAACAGGUGUUGAUUCACACCCCGUGUGAUCUUCAUAAAGCAGCUACAGCAAUCAAACACACGGUUCGAUCUUGUGAGUCUGAUAUGAGUGGACUAAUAAACUCGGCAUUGGUCACUCGAGGAGAUGCAGGAGCCAUGGGUCGCCUACGAGAGAUAUUGCUGUCAAUCCUCGUGUCGACAACCGAGCGUGUGUGUGAUGAGUUUCCUCCUCAAGGACGCAUCAGUCGGCAUCGGAUGGAGAUGUUUGAUCUUUGGCUGCCAACCAAGCAUGUGGGUCCAAGUGUUGCCAAGCAGCAUCGCAAACGGAGAUUCUUGCUGAGCAACCUACUGAACGGCGAUUUGCUCAGCUCUGUGCCGCAACAUUACUGCCCAGUGGGAUGUUGCCAGAGCGAUGAUGACUUUGUUGGCAAACUCACAUCCUUCGGGCUGUGGGCAUUGCUGCCUCGGCGCAUGCCCUUGCUUUCGAGGAAGAACUGGCUGAACCAGACCCACGCUAUGGAGUGGGCAGGAUGCCUCGAAUCUCAUCACCAGUUGUUCUCCAAAAUCAUGAUUGCUUAUGUGGGAAGGCCAGCUGCCCCGCCCGCCACAGCCACAGAUGGUUCAGCUGGCAGUGCGCUGGAUAAUGCUGUCCAAGAUUUUCUUCUGGAAGACUUGUCUGGAAACAGAAGUGGGGAGCAGGCUGAAGCAGAACAGAUCCCUGAGCCUGAGCCGAGUGUUCAGGAACCUUCGGGUGAGCCAGAGGUUCUCAAUGCCAUUCACUUGGUCAUGACAGAAUUCCUGGCACUUUCCAGUUCUGCAUGGGAGCAGAAACAGGCUGCCAAAGCUGCUUUGCAACAGCCUAGAGAUUACUUGGUUCUGCAAGCUGCACGAGGCACACAGAUCCACCGCUGCAUGGACAAGUUGGUCCAAGUUCUGUGCGAGGAACGACUAGACUCAGUCAGUUUUCUGGCCUGCAAGUUUCGUGCUCUUCGUUUUUGCAGUGCAAGUUCCGGCUUGUGUUGCUUACACGGUCUUCUCCGUAUUCCUCGCAGGUCAAUCACCUAUCAGGGCUUUUUGCUUUUGGACAGCAGGAGCCAUGCUGAUGCCCAGAAGCUUCUGGACACUCCACCGUGCUUGAAAGAUGAGUUCUUCAGUUUCAUGUGCAGAACCUUUCCAUCACCAAUGUCCCUGCUGGGAAAAGAUGCUAUGGCAAUUCUGCAAGCCACAGCAGCCAGCAUCAGUGUGGACAUCGGCGAGAUAGAGUCGUGCCACUCACUGACACGAGAUUUCAUCAAUGUCAGAGCCAAAGGAUGGGUGAGUUCCUUGGAAACUGUAUCGGCCUUGCAUAUCCUGCAACAGCGGCGCAAGAUUGUGAAAAUGACUACUUCCCGAGCGGCUGAUGCGAGAGCGACAACCCAAGACAUGAAGAAGCCCGGGCCGAAACGGAAGGACUCCAAGGAGAAAAAGAAGGGAGGUGGUGGUGGUCCUUGGAGGGCCUUCGUCAGCUAUCGUCUGCGUGGAGUCAGGGCUUCCAGCCGAGACGACGACAACAUCUUCGCAGACCUUGCAGAGGAGUAUCAACACCUGGGUGAUGCUGACCGAGCAUGGUUUGCUGAUGUAGGUCGUGCGGGCACACUGGCUCACAAGCGAGGCCACAGGGCUUUUGGCGACACUUCGUAUGCUCGCCGCAUUGCAGAUGGCUCAGAUGGCAGACAUGACGAUGCCCAACGGGAUGCUGCUGCUGAUGCCGCCAUCGUGGCGCAUGAUGCACCUAGAUUCGACUUUGGCUUGGUGCCGGUCGCCGGCAUGGACUUGGCUGCCAAAUAUUCGGAAUUCAAAGAAGCUUUGGAGAAGGAGGCCCGUGCCUCUCAAGGUGACCCGCUUGCUUUGACGGUGGCCGAAGCAUCCAAGUUGGACAUGAUUUCAGCUGAUACACAGGCCCUUCUUGUGAGAGAGGCUUGGGAACGUGGCGGUCAUGCUGAGCUUCAGAGCAAUAUGACUCGGCAGCCUUCUACACCAGCAAUCAAGCACGCUUACCAGUGGACGCCUCCUACCGACAAAGCUGUCAAGGCCCAUCAGAUUCAGGUUGAUUGGCAAUUGCACGCAGCCUUUGAUGGUCGCGAGGAGGCGGCUGAACUAAUAGAGGUGUUCUUGCCAGGCAUCAACAGAGAUGGGAAAUAUCAGAGAGCUGAUGUUCUUGUGACAUGGGCACGAGAAAACGAAUCAGCAAUCAAGCGGCAGCGAAGGGAGUCAUUGCAUGGUAUGUGGGAAGUGCUACCACAGCAACGUGUGGUGCCGAAGCUGACAGACACAUUUGAUGAGCUGGCAAGGAGCAACCCACUUGUCUUGCUGCCGGCACUGCAGCGGAAGAGGCGCUUGCUUAGAGAAAAUACAGACGCUACACAGCGCGCAAAGGAGGAACAGCUCGCAAAGAAGAAGUAUGCCUUACAAUUGGCCGGGAUACUUAAAGAAGCGAAGUUGCCACUGGUGCAACAGCUGGAGGGAGUGGACCAGCCUGAGGAAGUUUGGCCACGGAUCUUUGGAACCCGCAGGAGCAAAACGCUGCGAAACCGCUUGAAGGCUUGGCAACCCUUUAGGACGUGGCUGCAGUGCGUCCAUGAUGUGCAAUGGCCGACUAGCGUGCGGCAGCUGAUUGAUUAUAGCAAUGAGAGAUUUCAAAGUGAGUGUGGCAAGACAGUGCUGAACAGUUUCCAGGCGUCGCUGGCUGUCUUGGAGCAGGUGGGAAAGGUCGCUGAGACACAGCGGCUAUCGAGCGACACAACAUGGCUGGCACACUUGAAGUCAUUGACUGCAGACUUGGUGGGUGAGCAAGCGCCCGUGCAGCAAGCCCCAAUGAUGACGGUGGCUAUGAUCAUUUCACUUGAGCUGCACAUAGCGAGAGAGGAUGAGCCUGAGUAUGUACGGGCAAUGGCAUUCGUUGCGCUGCUGGCUGUGUAUGGUUCCAUGAGAAUGGACGACUUGCAAGGGAUUCUGCCGGCUACCAUGCGGCUUACUGCACAGGGCUUCAGAGCUACGCUUGGACGCACCAAGACAACAGGCGCCGAUCGGCGCAACAAGGAGGUCACAGUCUUCAUACACAGGCAGGCGGGUUUGUCCGGUUUUGAUUGGUUAGGUGAGGGCUUCGCGCUUUGGAAGAAGUAUACGCAGCCGAGAGACUACCUAGUCAUGACUGCCAGGGACGAUUGGAAAGGGCCAACUAAGCAUUUUGCUAAGACCGAAGUUGUCGCUGGCUAUGUGCGUGAGGUUUUCAAGAGGCUUGCAACGCCGAAGUUUCAGGAUGGGGCAUACCGCCUCAACUUGCAGAGAUACCUCCUGGUGGAAGGGGCUCAAGGCUUCUUCACGGGGCAUAGCCCACGCAAUUGGCUUACUUCAGCCGCCGCAGUGUUGGGUUGGUCUAAGGAUCAGAGGGAUUUCCUGGGUCGUUGGCUUAUCGGUGGUUCUGGUUCAGCUGACUACACGCGCACAUCCCGGGAAGUCGUGCGUCGCAUUCAGAUCGGAGUCUGCAGAGCAAUCGUCACCGGCCAAGGUGGCGAGUAUCAAGAGAUCGAGGCCCUCGAAGAGUUAAAGGCUUAUGUGGACGAGCGUGGAGGUUCAGGUGCAUUGGCAAGGAGGCGGCAUGACAUUUUUAGGACUGUGGGAGGUGCGCGCUGCUUGGGUAACAAGUGGCCUGUAAUUGAGUUAGAUGAUGCAGAUGCCAGUGAGGAGGAGGAGGCUGCCGAAGCCUUGACCGUUGAGGGCAGUGCCACAAAAUACUUUAUUAGCAUCAGUCGUAAGACGGGCCAUCGCAGGUUGCACUUGAACGGGUGCGACACGUACUUGACUGAUUCGCAGUGUGCCAGGACAGCGGCGCGUGACUUCGGGAUUAAUCCCGAUACGCCUGCAGGCCGUGUUGAGGUGGCCGCGAUAGUAGCUGCAUGGGAACUUGCAAAGGAGUAUGCGAGUAAAGAAAUCGAGCUCCGUGCGGAGGCGAAGGUGUUAGGCCAUAAGAGGAUCUUGCAAGUGCAGGAACGCCAAGCUAUGUUGAAGGCGGUGACGGAUGCAUACGGUAAGAUGAAUGAAAGCGAGACGCCAAGUGCGGAGUACUUGGCAACCAAGGCCGAAGAAUGCGAGAGCAACGAGCCUCUAGCGAGUUCACUUGAUCGUAUCUCUUCAAAGAAAGAUUCGCAGGUGGAGAGCCUCCAGACCAGCAUUGAUCCCACUGGGCAUGUUCGUGUGACAAAGACGAUGCAGAAGUUGGAAAUGCCGCAUCACUCCGAGGGCUACCGUCGCUUGAUGAAGGUGGAGGCCCAUGCCUGGCUCUGCAUGAGUGCCCGAUUUAAGGCGAAGGGAUGGUUGCAAGGGCUUCAGCUUGAAGAUUUUACAAGGUUUGUAGAAUACAUCUUGGGAGAUCGUGUUGGCAAUUUGAAGUUGCCCACUGCUUCAGGGCAGGAGACGCAGUUCAAUCGGCCACCUUGGAACAUCGUCUUGAGUUAUGAAUACAAGUUGAGGGUUGAAGCCUUCAAAAUGAUCCUGGAGGGAACUGCUACCAUGUCGGAGGCGCUUCGGGCCGUGCGUGAGGACCCGUCUUUGAAAGAGGCAUACUUCACGACGCCUCUGGCACUUCACACAGCUGGCACGCCGACUAAGUUUCGGAAGGGCAAUCAUAAAGGGAAGGGUAAGACACCAGGGCAAGAAAUACCGCCGCCGCCUGCGCCGCAUCAGAACGGACGUGGAACAGGGAAAGGCAAAGGCAAAAAGGGCAAGGGCCAGGUUGUCUUGGCUAACGGGAAACAGCUCGCUCUGGUGUCGGCGACGCCUGAUGGUCGCCAGUUGUGCUAUGCUUACAACCACCAAGGCUGCACCGAUCCGAAGUGCACCCGUGUUCAUGCAUGUCGUGUAGCCGGGUGUUUCGCCGAGCACCCAGCCUCGCAGCACGAUUCGUCUAUGCAGAAGGUGACUUCUGCCAAUCAUUUUGUCGACCAGUGUUUGAAAGCAACAGUUUUCGCGGCCGAGGCUGGCAAUUUCUUUGUGUGGGAGGCGCCGGAACACUUUGGCCGCACUGCUGACGGCCUCGUGCCGAGCUCCAUUUGGGCUUGGCCAGAAUUACUUGACUGCAUACCGCGUUUUGCUGCCACAACCUUUGUGCAUUACUUGUGUGAGUUCGGGGCGGACAUGGCCAAACCAACACGUUACUUGAGCAAUCUGCCUUUCUUUCGUCACUCGCCGCGGCCUUUCAACGGGAUGCCGGUGUUGGAUGCUGAUCAGCGCUACAUCGGGCCGCUGCCCGCGUCGUGCCCGCAUGGGGGUCAUUCACCUAGCACCGGCAAAUCGCAGGCUACGCAAAAGUGGAACUUGCCGCGGGCCCGCGGUUGGCCCCUUCAGCUGUGUCAAUUUAUGGUAGCAGCCAUCGACUUCUCGCUGCAAGCAGAUGGGGAGUGCAAAUCCUCUAAGUCGAAGGUUCCCGAUAAGGUAGUCAAGGUCCCCGUAGGGUUCUUUUCCUUCAGGUUGCAGUACCGCGGUUGUAGUCCCCACGCACAUCCUUUGAAGUCCUUGGGCGAUCCCGAGAGUGCAGCAUCAAAGCUCCUGGCAACACCAGGGCUGCUAGAACGUCGUCGUGUGUUAGAGCUAUUUGACAUGCUGCCCCGCGAGGAGCCGCCUAGGGAGUCGACUACAGCUACACCGGGCAGUUCUUUCGCAACGGGUGCAUAUUGCAAGGGUGGCUUAGUCGGUUUGAGGCAUCAUUCCACUGUGCUGCCGAAGUCUACACAGGUUCUAACAAGGUACUUGCAGCAGGUUGCACCGGGCUUUCAAGCAUCAGCUAUUGCGAUCUUUGAUGAUGUCCGGACGGGGGUCCACCGUGAUGCCCGGAAUGCGCACUAUCCGAACAUGGUAGUGCCGUUGUCGGAUUUUGAAGAUGGCCAAAUCUGGUUGGAACAGCAAGGAGGCGAUGUAUGGGAGACAACGCCAGAAGGGCGGAGACCUGGCGUCCACUUGGAGGUUUGCAAGGGCCCUGUAAGCUUCGAUGCAUGGCGGUCAUACCAUGCUACGCGACCGUGGAAGGGACGUCGGGUGGUGAUGGUUGCAUACAUGACCGAUAAGCUUGGCAAUGUCGAGGCCGCCGACCUCGCCCACCUUAAGGCCCUGGGGUUUAAGUUACCACUUGACUCGGAUGCAUCAAAUGGUGAGACUUCAGAGGUUCUGGAUAAGGCCGAGGGCCUAAGCACAGGAGACACAGCACCGCCAGUGCCAUUCAGACCAGAGGCAUGUGGGAACCGCGGCAACCCCAUUCGUGUUGAGUGGGAAGGACAAGAGGCUGACAUGACAGACGGGUUUGGGUUGUGUUCCCCGGCGCGGUGGAGGCCGAUGGACCGGGGACAUCGCCUGGGCCCAGCGGCUACUGCACAUGCGCAAUCCAUGUACCGGAUGCUUACGAACUUCAUUUCAGAGCAUGUUCCUGAUCCCCGUCGCUUCUGCUUGAGCCUACUUUCAGGUAAGGUCGAAUCAUCUCCAUUCGCCGGGGAGAAGUUGGAAGCUCUGCGUAAGCAGUGGGCAGAGGUGCUUGGUGCAGAGAACAAUCCCGACGUGCUCGAGAUCCCAGAUGCGCAGCCCUUCUUGCUUAGGGCCUUGUCGCUUUCGGCUGAAAGGCUUGAGGACCCAGACUGGCAGAUUUUAACGGAGGGAGUCGACUUUCUGCACCGGGGUCCGGCUGAGAUGUCAUUUUCAGUUCGGCAAUCAGGUGCUAUGCAGGAGAUUCCCUUGGCCGCAACCGCGGACGUGAGUGCUGCACAUAGGUUGGUCUUGCAUCGGAAGAGCGAUUGGGCCUUGAUGUCAUGCAGAGCAGAGCAAGGGUCCGACACGAUUUGGAUCAAUAAAGUAGGAACGUUCGGGCUCAGCCCAGCCUCGUUUUGGUGGAGCAGGUUGUAUGGAAUCAUAGGCAGAGUGGUCACCCGUUGCCUACUGCAGCACGCCUUUUACCACUUCGCUUAUGUGGACGACGUGCGUCCCACAUUUUAUGGGAAGCGGAUGUUCAUCAACUUCUUGGUUUGGUUAAUCCUUCAAGAAUUGAUAGGGGUGCCUUUUGCUUACCAUAAGUUCAAGGGAAAGACGCUGGUCGCAUUCAUUGGCUACGAGCUUGACUACGGUGCCAGGCUUGUGGGCCUCAGCGAAGCCCGAGGCGCUUGGGUGUGCAACUGGGUCGAUGAGGCACGGAAAGCGCGUUUUGUCGUUUCAGUUAGAAAGUUUGCGGAGUUUCUUGGGAGGCUUGGUUUCGUGUCCAGGGUCGUGUACUGGAUCAAACCACACUUGGCCCCCUUGUAUGCUUGGUCAGCUGCAGCUUCGAAGAGCCACGUUGCAAAAAUGCCGGACACGGUCAUCUUGACUUUGCUUUACUUGGAGGCAACGCUUAAAGACAUCAACUUCAAAGUCGCACCGGGUCGACAACGGGAAGAGACAGGGCAUCUCUUUCACACGGACGCUAAAUGCGCCGAUGGUUAUGUUGUCUUAGGAGGUUGGGACUCUAGCCAGGACCUUUCGGUUGCACCUUGGUUCUCUAUAGUGGUUAAGCCUGCGGAUGCCCCGUACCUUUUCGACGAAGAUGGAAAAUCACAAUGGGCGUCAGCUUCAGCCGAGCUGUUAGCUACAUUGGCCGCGUUAUGGAUCUUUGGACACCUCAAAGAGAGUAGUUCGCAGAGGCGACUCCCAGUUGCCAUUGCCGGGGCCACAGACAAUCAGAGCAACGAGAAGCUUCUUAGGAAACAAUCCACGACUAAGUGGCCGCUCAUGCUGAUCAACAUGCAGCUCUCACACCUCUUAAGAAAAGCUUGUUUGAGACUCAGCUUGACUUGGAAACCUCGCGACGAAAACAAGCUGGCAGAUGCUCUGACGAAUCAGGAUUUCAGCUCUUUCAGUUCCGAACACCGCUUGGAUGUCAGUUUCAGUGAGCUACCACUCGAGCUCUUGAAUCAGUUGUGGUCGUCGAAGUCCGACUUCGAUGCGUCUCGCAAGGCGCUGCAGUCUGCAAGCAGUUUUCAGCCUCGUGUCCCGAAGAGGAAGCGCGAAGGCACGCCCUGGUGA